AUGGCAUGCCAGAGGUCCCUCCUGCUUUUCCUGUGCAUAAUGCUAACCAUCAGCAUGCAUCUGUCAAAAGCUCAGCACUGGUCCCACGGCUGGUACCCAGGAGGGAAGAGAGAAAUCGAUUUGCCACAGAGCCCAGAGAUUUCUGAAGAUAUUAAAUUAUGUGAUGGGGAAGACUGCACUUACCUGAAGAUCCCAAGAGAUAAAAUUGUGAAGACUCUACUGGCUAACAUGCUAGCAAGACAACUUCGGAAGAAAAAAUGAUACCCCUCUGUGUGUGUUUUUGGAAACAUUUUG